AUGUGGAAACACUAUGAUCGACCAUUUGCUUUCCUUGCAAGAAUCACAGGAGAGAUUCAGAAUGUGGAAACUCGAUCACCACUUUUCAAGAAUCAACUGAAUGCUAUACAGAUUAAAAUGGAAUUGGCAAUGUCUAAUUUCCUUAAUCAUCUGGUUUUGAAGAAGGUUAGAGCUGAGUUAGAUGCUUUUCUUGGCUAUAAACAAUUAUUAGAUGAGACUGAUCUUCCCAAACUCCAGUACCAGCAAAAUACUAUUGUCGAGAACCUCCGAUUAUACCCGACAACCCCUGUCAUAACUCCUCAUAUGUCCUCUGAUUGUUGUACAGUAGGAGGAUACAGUAUACCACCUAAAACUAUUUUGCUGGUCAAUGCAUGGGCUAUUCAUAGGGACAAUAAAUUAUGGGAUGAUCCAACAUGUUUCAAUCCUGAAAGAUUUGAUACCGCCGAGGUCAAUGCCUAUAAGCUUUUGCCAUUUGGUUUGGGAAGGAGGGCAUUCCCUGGGAUGGGCUUGGCCAACCGCAUCAUUGGCUUGACUUUGGGGUCGUUGAUUCAAUGUUUCGAGUGGGAGAGAAUCAAUGAGAAGCCUAUCAACAUGGUUGAAGGAACAGGUGGCUUAGCCAUGCCUCAGAAUGAGCCACUGGAAGCCUUAUGCAAAGUUCGUUCAGUGAUGGAUAAUAUUGUAGCUAUUGCAUGA